GUGGCUCCGCCAUUUUAUUGCGAGGCAGGGCGGCGGGAGGCCGGUGUGGGCGCACCGCGCGGUUAAACCACACGCCGAAGGGAAAAUGCGGAUCGAGAAGUGUUAUUUCUGCUCGGCGCCGGUGUAUCCGGGUCACGGGAUGAUGUUUGUCCGCAACGAUUGUAAGGUUUUCAGAUUCUGCAGAUCAAAGUGUCAUAAGGGUUUUAAGAAGAAGCGUAACCCAAGAAAGGUCAAAUGGACAAAGGCCUUCCGGAAAUCAGCUGGCAAAGAAUUGACUGUGGAUAACUCAUUUGAAUUCGAAAAACGCAGGAAUAUGCCUGUCAAGUACCAGAGAGAGCUGUGGUCUAAGUCAGUUGUGGCAAUGCAAAAAGUUGAGGAAAUCAAACAGAAACGUCAAGCAAGAUUUAUUAUGAACAGGUUGAAAAAAAGCAAAGAGUUACAGACAAAGGCAGACAUCAAGGAGGUCAAACAGAAUAUCCAUCUCAUCAAGGCUCCUCAUGCAGACACACCAAGGAAAUUGGAAGAGAAGAUGGUACAUACUUUACAAGAAGAUUUGGAAAUGGCAGAAGAUUCUUAACUGUUGCCCAGAAAGGAAUGUACAAGAUACGUGAAUACAUAAAUAUCCCAUUAAUUUGCCUGUUUUGCAACCUGUGGACGUUAACAAUUUUUAGAAUUAUCCACCCGUAACCACUUUUCAAACCUUCAGAUCCCCAAAAUUCAAGCAGGACAAACCAGUGCAAAAGAAAUGUAGGUGGAAAUAAAAAUUCAGUUACCUGGAUUUGGUGUAUGAGAUUAAUCAGGCUCAUGGGUCAAAUUGUGAGGGCCUACAUGCUGUAGUUUGGACCCUGAUGGUAUCAUUUGUUGUACCAUUAAUGAAUCGUUACCUGCCUUUUAAAAAAAAAAUCAGGAUUAUCGAAUCAUCCUCCUCAUAAAACUCUGACAAGAAAAUACCUCUUAUACGAAAGUGGGAAUGAAGAAAACUGUCCCUUGUGCAGAACAAUUGGGAUCAGCCUUCUGCUUUAAUAUGAAUAAUCUGAUGUGGUUUUUGUUUUCCUCUCUAAUGAUAAAAGUUUUCUGUUCCAGAAGUGUGACAUAUGUAUUGGAAUAAAAAAAUUGUUGACUGACCUGCCCACUUUAAAUGUGGGUUGCUUUAAACUUGAUAUGCAAAAAUCCUGUCAAUAAAUAUAUUUAAUUUAGAAAAAAGCUUGUAGACGUGUUAAUCUGCAAUAUUGUGAUGUGGAUAUUAAGUUGUCAAUAUUUUGUGUUCCUGUUUUUAUUGGGUAUUGGAACUAAAGGCUUAUAUUUGAUUUUUCCAUUUGCACCAUUAAGCUACAAAGAAAUCACUCCUCAAACAGCUCAUUCAGCCCAUUUGGUCUGUGCCAGCAUUUAUGCUCCACACGAGCCUCCUAUCAACCUCUUCGUUGAAUAUUCAACUUUUUCUUUCUCACUUGUGUAUAUUUAGCUUCUUCUUAACUGUAUCUAUGCCGUUUGUCUCAACUGCUGCUUGUGGCAGCGAGUCCCACAUUCCUACUGUUCUUUGGCUAAAGAAAUUUCUCCUGAAUUCCCAAUUGAAAUUAUUGAUGACUAUCUAAUAUUUAUGGCUCCAAUUUUUUACCUUAAAAGAGUUUUAGAUGGAUGUUUUAUUUCAGUCUCCCUUUAGUAUUGUUGACGUCUGACCAAAAUGUGUGAAUUUGUAAAAGUUGACUCCAUGAUUUUUGGCCUAAAGAACUAGUUUUUCAUAUAUUUCAUAAGUCAUACAAACAUACCAAUUUGGAGCAGGAGUAAUCCAUUUGGCACCUUGAGCCUGCACUGCUAUUUGAAAGGAUCCUAGUUUUUCAGAGAUCAAAGCCAAAAAUUUCAGAACCAAAGUAUAAUGCUGGAGAUAUUAACAAUUUGAUUUCAUUGUAAAUGAAUAAAUAUUAAUGAAAUGAAAUCCAGUAAGUAAAUGCUUAAAAUAUUUAUAUGUUCAAGUUUUGUUUUUAUUCAUGCAAAGUAUUAAAGUGAUCAGAUUAUGAAUGAUAAUUAAUCCAAUUUUUUUUUUAGUGCUGUUGGUUUUUGCUUUAUUCCAAUGCAAUGACCUUGGACCCAAAUCAAGCAUGCAAAUCAACCUCUCAAACACUAUCCGUGUAAAAGUCAACCUCAUGACUUUUGGCCAAAAAACUUGUUCUCAAAAAUUUGACUUUUACACUAGCAUAUACAGCAUUUAAAAUUCAAACAGCGUCUUAUUCAUCUGGCUGUUUUUUAAUGUUGGAAAUGUUUAAUUUCUUCCACCCAGCAAUAAAAAGCUGAAAUCAGUCCCAUGGAACUUA